ACCAAAAAACCACUACAACUCUUUAAAUAGAUUUUGUUUUGUUUCUUAUAAUUAUAAUAACUAUAUAUAUAUAUAUAUAUAUAUAUUGCUUCCAAAAUGUGUGAACCCCUUGUGAUUGGUAGAGUGAUUGGUGAAGUUGUUGAUAAUUUCUGUCCAAGUGUUAAGAUGUCUGUUGUUUAUAACAACAACAAACAUGUCUAUAAUGGUCAUGAAUUCUUUCCUUCCUCAGUAACUUCUAAACCUAGGGUUGAAGUUCAUGGUGGUGAUCUCAGAUCCUUCUUCACACUGGUCAUGAUAGAUCCAGAUGUUCCUGGUCCUAGCGAUCCAUAUCUCAGGGAACAUCUACACUGGAUUGUCACAGACAUUCCAGGCACUACAGAUUGCUCUUUUGGAAGAGAAGUGGUUGGGUAUGAAAUGCCAAGGCCAAAUAUUGGAAUCCACAGGUUUGUAUUUUUGCUGUUUAAGCAGAAGAAAAGGCAAACAAUAUCAAGUGCACCAGUGUCGAGAGAUCAAUUUAGUAGUCGAAAAUUCUCAGAAGAAAAUGAACUUGGCUCACCAGUUGCUGCUGUUUUCUUCAAUUGCCAGAGGGAAACUGCCGCUAGAAGGCGUUGAUAUAUAUAUCAAUUUAUGCUCCAUCCCAUAUCUACAAUUAAUUAGUGGACGGACUACUACUACUAUAUGCUUUUUUAAUAUAUAUAUAAUAUAUUGUUGUUCACCCUCUUCAGUUAAUGUUUAAGACUAUUAGUAGAUAUCUAUGUGUGUUUUGUCAUG